UCUGUCCUUUCAUCUAUGCGUCCACCAAUCCCACGUGGCAGUUAGCUUCACCAAGAGAGAGAGAGCAAGCUCUGAGAACUUCAUACUCUAUUUCUCCCUGUGUGUGAUCCAAUGACGGUCACUGCACCAUCUUCUUCUGCUCUCUAUCCUCGAGGAUUCGAACCCAAGCACUUCCUCUCCCCCAAAUCUCGCUUUGUCCGCCUUUUUCCCACCAGAAAAUCACUCACUGUCGUGGCCAUGGCACCCAAAAAGAAGGUGAACAAGCUCGAUGGUAACUGGGAGAAAAAGUGGUUCGGGGCCGGAAUAUUCUACGAGGGAGCAGAGGAAGUGGAGGUUGACGUGUUCAAGAAGCUAGAGAAGCGAAAGGUGCUGAGCAAUGUGGAAAAGGCAGGCCUGCUCUCCAAGGCCGAGGAGCUUGGAUUCACUCUCUCCUCCAUAGAGAAGCUUGGGGUGUUCUCCAAGGCCGAGGACCUUGGCCUGCUUAGCUUGCUUGAGAAGGUCGCGGGCUCCUCGCCCUCGGCUCUUGCCUCCGUGGCGCUGCCUGUAUUUGUGGCGGCAUUGGCAGUUGUUGUGUUAAUUCCGGAUGACUCAGCGGUGCUGGUGGCUGUGCAGGCCGUGUUGGCCGGGGCGCUUGGGGUUGGUGCUGUUGGCUUGUUUGUUGCGUCCCUUCUGUUGGAUGGCUUGCAAGAAGCUGAUUGAUUUUCUUGGUUCCUUUUCUUUUCGUAGAUUUUACUUCUCCUUUGUACUAUUUUAUUUUGUUUUUUGGUUGAAUUAUGGAAAUGUGGAGUUUUUAGAUAAAUGACUGCAGCUAAGAAUGUAAAUUAGAAGAGAGCAAUAAUUUGGCAUUAAUCGAUAAA